CCAUAAUUUUGAUAUCGACAACAACCUCGACUGCGCAUGCGACAGCCCCAAAUCGAAUCCACGCCCCCAAUCCGCGAUUCAUUAAACCACAUCCUCGCGGUACAUCCAAACAUCUCUUCCAUGCGCUGACAAUCUCCACUCCUGAAGAGCAGUCUUCGCCGCCCGCGACUCUAUCUGCAACGCGCAGCUCCACUGCGAUCCAGGACGCGGUCGGUUUGGACGGCGGAUCUCCCACCAUUGUUCCCAAGCCGGCAUGAUGAACGGCCGUCAUCUGCCGGCAGGGCAAGGCAUGCCGCCAGAUAUGGGUAGGAGGAGGCCGUACAAUCAGCACCAGCAAUACCCCCCGCAGAUGUACAAUCCUUACAUGCAACCGUACGCCGCGAACUACUACUCUCAACCUAUGCCUCAGCAGUACCCCAAUGUUCCUAUGCCUCAGCAACAAUAUGGGCCAUAUCCGCCAUAUGUUCGAUCUCCUCCGCCUCCUCCUGUAGCACACUACGCUCCUGCUCCAAUAUCCCAACAACACCACCAACAAUCAUAUCCCCGGCCGCAGCCAUCGCCAGCUCUUUCGACGCCUUAUCAGCCGCCUCCAUCCCAGACGCCUCCGUCCCAAACACCUCCUUCAACACAGUCAUCACAUACAGCUCCUGCUCCUAUGACACCCCCCACACCCCACCCGACGUUAAGCAUAGCACCAUUUUCACCCCCCCAAGAAGAAAUCCCGACAAUACCUUUCAGAGCCCCACUGCCGUGGCUCUCAAGACCCGACCUUCCUUGGCCAGCAAGACGAGCUAGAAGAAAGCGGAAAGUUACCCCACAAUUGUCUACAGAACCGGUCGAGCUCCCAAUUAUCGCACAAGGGACAAACCCCGAGCCCGAGUCCGCACCCGAGGUUGAACGAAAGCCGACUGCAGAUGCAGAUAUUCCUCGACCCGAAACGCCUUCAACGAGUCAACCCGCAUCCGAGAACGCCGAGUCCACAAACCCAACUACCCCUUCCUCAAUUCAACAGCGAGCUAUUCCGGCCGGCGGAGACACUACCCCAGUCGCAUCAAAGCAACCUCAGAAAUCUACUGUGCCAGUAGUCCCUGCUAUACCAAAGACCGUUCCACGCGAGGCGCCCAAGCCAGCUUUAGAAGACAAGGCAGAGGAACCACAGAAGCCCACCGUUGAUGGGGAGCAAGAUACUACGAAGACCGAGGCUGAGCAAGAUGCGACGGAAGAGAUCAAGGAGGCCGGUGCUCCGAAAGCGUGGACGACUCCCAAGCUAUGGACUGGGCUUUUCAACCCAGCUGCGCCGACAUCUACUGCGCCUUCAAGCGAGUCGGGACGAGCUGCUACAACUCCUGGUUUUAGCAAGACCAACUCCGAAUCUCUUGCUGAAGCAUUGGGAUCUUUCACUGCCGUCUCACCAGACUUGAAGGUGGCUUUCCUUAAACCCCGAGGUCUUGUGAACACAGGUAAUAUGUGCUAUAUGAAUUCCGUUCUUCAAGUUCUUAUCUUUUGUGCUCCUUUCUAUAACUUCUUAGAUCAAGUCAGCAAAAAAGCUGCAUAUAGUUUCAAGAGUGAAAUACCAUUGAUUGAUGCAAUGAUAUUAUUCAUGCGAGAGUAUUCCGUGAUUGAUUCAGCGUCAUCUGUCGACAAGUUGAGAAUGCGUUUGAAGGAGAACGAACUUGAGCAAUACGGGGAAGCUUUCACACCAGACUUCGUCUACAAUGUUAUAAAUCGCCUCCCCAGAUUCUCUACGAUGAGGCGCGGGCACCAACAAGAUGCAGAGGAAUUUCUAGGAUUUCUCCUCGAAGGUCUGCAUGAUGAGUGUGUCUCUGUUAUGCGAAACAGCUCUUCGAACAAUACUUCUGCUAUGGCUACUCCUGCAAAUGGGCCAUCAACCCCUACGAGCGAGGCUGGCAGUAUUUCAGGAUCCGUUUCUGGCAAAGAGAAUGGAUGGUUAGAAGUUGGGCCGAAGCAGAAAGCCGCGGUGACUCGAUCAUCAGGCACCAUCACCACUGGUUCUCCGAUCACCAAGAUUUUUGGGGGCAAUUUGAGGUCCGAACUGCGAGUACCAGGCCUGAAAGACUCCGUCACGCUUGAACCAUACCAACCCUUGCAGUUGGACAUUGGUGCACCACAUGUCAAUAACAUUGUCGAUGCUCUGAAGGGUCUGACUCGUUCAGAAGCUUUGCAUGGCGACUUCAAGUCUCCCAAAGGUCCAAACGUCACUGCUACCAAACAAGUUUUCAUUGAGACAGUUCCACCUGUUCUCAUCUUACAUUUGAAACGCUUCCAAUACGACAAUGCUGGAGGCACGCAGAAGAUUUGGAAGAAGAUUGGGUACCCACUCGAGCUGGAAAUCCCGAAAGAAGUCUUCCCUCGACAGAAGCGCAGUGUAUACGCCCAAGGCGGACUACCGAAGUACAGAUUAAUUGCCGUUGUCUACCACCAUGGAAAGAACGCCAGCGGAGGUCAUUACACUGUCGAUGUGAGAAGACAGGACGGCCGCGAGUGGAUCAGACUUGAUGACACAGUCAUCCGACGAGUACGGAGUGAGGAGGUCGCAGAAGCCGGAAGCGAAGAGGACCCGAAGGUUCUGGCUGCAGCUUCAGAAGCCCAGAAGAAAGAUUCACUAUCCGGAAAUGGGUUCUCUGCAAUUGGGGAUGUUGCCGAGGAAAAUGAAGAGGAUGGUUGGAAGCAGGCGAGUGGGCCUGGAAAGAAGUGGUCGAGUGUUGUUAAUGGCACUUCCACGCCAAAGGCAAAGACCGACAAGUUCUCGAUCAAGGACAACAAGGUUGCGUACCUCCUGUUCUACCAAAAGAUAUGACGAGACAGUUGGGAUGAUCCGCCACGGACGGACGCUCUGAUGGGUUACGUGGCCAUGUUCCUGUGGGUUGAUGAGAGUCGCGCUCCCCCCUCAGAUUCUCCGAGCAACACUUGAUCGCGGUAUAAUGGGCGAUAUCUGUUGGCAUCAAAGAAGUUUCAUUGUACAUCACUGCGUUGAUACAUCAUUUACAGGGCAUGAGCGCAACGGCGCAAGAGGCUCAUAAAAGUGCAUAUGGGGGAGCGCUUCGAAUGUACGAUAUCGAUGGUUGCUCCGGAGAAUUUCUCCUAGCGAUGCAACUCAUGAUGCAAUAAAAAAUGAACGUAAUAGCAUGUAGCACUGUCUGUACUGGGUCGUGACUGAAAAUUUGUGGAUUUCAGGAUCAGUAUUGAGGUCUACAAGCACUUGAAUUGGUG